GCGAAGCCCUAACGAGUCCAACGGUUACACCCCUUUCCCCCUUCUCUCCCCCGUCCCUCCUCCCCCAUGGCGUAUCGGCGCAAGCAAGGGAUCACCCGCUCCGCCACAUUCGUCGAGGACCGCCGCUCCUUCUCCGGCGCCGACGACUCCUCCGCCGCCGUCGCCGCCCCGGCGUCGCCGUCGCUCGCCGCCCAGGCGAUCCGCUCCUCCGCCGCGCGCCGCGACGCCUCCCUCUCCUCCGCCUACGCCGACUCUGCCCUUGCCGCCGCCCCCGCGCGGCCGAGGCAUUCGCAGGAUGCCAGUAAUUAUGAGUACACGUCGAUGAAAAGCUUGAAUGAGCGUAAGCAUGGGUUCUGGGGGGACUUGGCAAGAAAAGCGAAAUCAAUUAUUGAGGAUGGUGCUUCCAAUAAAUCUGAUGACUACGGUAGAGUGCAGCCUCCGAAGUUAGACUCAUCAACAGGUACCAAGUCUCGUUGGGCAGCGGAAAAUUAUCUGAAGCCAGAAAAUCCUUCAUUUCAGAAAGGUUCAGAAGCGAUUGCUUCUUCAGUCAACUACAUUGGCGGAAAACUCAGAAAUGCUUUGGAAGAGAGUCGAACAAUCAUCGAGAAUAAAACAGUUGACAUCAUCCAUGAAACAAAGAAGCUGCAAAUUAGAAGAAAGGAUAGCAGUUCCAAUUUACAGAAUCAGUUUAAAGAUGUAUUGGGACCAGCAAAUCUCUCCCAGAGUGAAACCAAUCAGGAAACCCAACUUAAAGCUUCUCGCAACGUUGCAAAUGCAAUGGCUGCUAAAGCAAAACUUUUACUGCGUGAACUAAAAGCUGUCAAAGCAGACCUAGCUUUUGCAAAAGAACGAUGCGCUCAGCUGGAAGAGGAGAACAAAAUAUUGCGCGAGAGUCGUGAAAAAGGAGAUCACAAUGAAGAUGAUGACUUGAUACGCCUUCAGUUGGAGUCACUGUUAGCCGAAAAGGCAAGGUUGGCGCAUGAGAACUCCAUAUAUGCCCGAGAAAACCGUUUCCUUCGAGAAAUUGUGGAAUUCCAUCAGCUCACAAGUAUGGGAGAUGGCGUCGACUUGGACGACGGCAUUGAAGAAGAUGCUGCUGAUGUCUACGCAGAUGAGAUGCUACCCUUAUCGCAAUCUCAUUCACAGAAUGAAGUGCCCUCUCCCGCUCUAUCUAGUCCGCGCUCUCCCUCAGCAGCACUGGUUGGCUCCUCGAGCCCUAAAUCUCCGCAUGAGCAUCUCUCACAGACUCUGUCCAUGGAGACAGGCUCUCCGGCCCCGCAAUGAGAUUGUGUGAUUGGCUUUGUUUUGUUGUAUGUAAAAUUGUGUGCAUUCUUGAUCUUACUGUUUGUAAGUUAUCCGCUCAUUUUUUAUACAUACUCAUGAUAAUCAUACAGGUUUUUCACUGUUUUUCGUGCAAUUUUUAUUCUUUUUUCAAUGUAAGGAUGGUUGACAUUGGUUGUAACUUGUAAGACUUGGAAGUGGGUUAUGGAGUGCAUAAAGCUGUUAAUAUCUGCUGAAGAA